GGUUGGAGUGGGUGUCCGGGUGGUGUCGGGAGGUGGCGGCGGGCGAUGUGGACCCGCACUGCCGACUGAUGGCGCAGGCGUGCGUCAACUUGCAGGCCGACCUCGCCUCCCGCUCCCUGGCAGCCCUCUCCGAGGCCGCGGCCGCCGCACCGCCCCUCAGCCCCGCCCUGCCCUCCCUUGACCUGGCACGUACGGCAAGGUUGCUGACGUCAGCGCAGGAGCCCUCGCUGUACGGCAGCAGUCGCGGCGGCAGCAGCAGUGGGGGUGCGGCUGCGGGCGGGUUGCUUGUGACGGACGUGGGAGCGUCUUGGUAAGGCUGGCGUGGGGGCGAGGAGGCUGAGGGGUGGAUGGGUGGUGGGUAAGAAGCAGGAUACGUGUAAGGGUGUUUGGCAGUGUCUUUGACUGGUGCUGGCGCUGUGCAGGAGGAUGCGCCACCACCCACCUUACCACCUUGCUUACGGUAAACUCAAUUCCUGUAUUGUGAGGUGUGUGCAUGAUGGCUAGGCGUAGAGGAUGAAGUAUGGGCAAACACUUGCCAGAGGCGUAUCUUUGUUUGUUAUUGGUACCGGGAGACGUUGCGGCUUGCCCCGUUCACGGUUGAGCCAUCGGGGCGGCUGUCACGCACCACAGGUUGUUAGGGAUCAGUCCAGCUUCAUGAUCACAGCUUUAUAUUGGCAGGCUGCAUUUCAUGCCGUAAGGUGCACGUAACCCUGGCAGGUGCGGAACUUGAAGUGCGUGGAAUGCACCGCAUACCUGUACGACAGCACAAUGAGCAUUGUGAACAACGCUCAAGAAGGUAAAUGCCAUCCUUCUAUUUUCUGCAGGUAUUCCUUAUAGCUCAGAAGGAAAGAGAAGUGCAUUAUUUUCCCUCUAUUUACUGCCUUCGUCCAAAUGAGUUUUAAACGGAAGCGCGAGACCGCUUUCCUCCUGAGCGACGAGGAUCCUGACAUUUUCAUCAAGACCGCGGAUAAGGAUGAUCUUCUUCCAGCUCAUAGCAAAGUCCUUGGCUUACUCAGCAAGGUUGCCUUGGACUUGCCCAAAGCCGCGGUUGGCAGUCAAACCAUCUUGGACUUGAGCAACGUGACGCUGGAGGGAGAGUCGGUGCCCGUUAGCGGCGCUACCGUGCGUCUCUGGCUGGACUGUGUCUACGCAUGCAUCGACAGCUCGCGCAGCAUUAAGCUGCCCAACAGCCUUAACGACGCUAAGCAGCUGCUGCUGUUUGCUGACUAUGCUGGCACAGCGGACGUCUCCCUUAUUAAGGUAGCCGGGGCGCUUGCUGACAAUCCGCGGCUCAGCCUGACCGUGCCCAUGGGCGAUCAGGGACGUACCGUGGACCUGGCGCUGAGUGGCUCGCUAUACUAUUUGUCCUCAAACAAUGAUCUCCACCACGCCCUCAUGGGGAAUUCAUUAGCCCAAUCUGGCACCCUGGUGUCAGCGGCCGACUUCCUGCCCCGCAAAGAGCAGUUCGCCUCGUCCCUGUGCGGCCUGCUGGAGGAGUGGCUGUACCUGGCUGGGCGGCUAGAGCUGGUGCCGCUGGUGCAGCGGCUGCUCGACUUCAUCCACACGCAGCUCUUUCCCGGUGGCCUUUCCAUAUGCCUGGCUGCCAUGGGGAGCGUGUUCAGUCCGCGCGUGCUGCACGCCAUGCCGCGGCAGCUGCUGCUCGAGAGCUUCCUGCGCCAGCAUCUGGGCUGCCGCAACCACGACGUCUCGUUCACGGCUCAGGAGAGAGAGGUCAACAUGCUGACGCCCCUGUCAGCAGUCUGGUUCGGCAACCCAUGCAAGGUCUCUGCUGCGCCUUUGGACAACCCCGCUGAGCCGGUCAUGGUGCUGAAGAAGCCAUCAAGCGUCGUCGAUCAUUUGGCCUACGUGUCUGUGGGGGGCCUGCGGCCAGAAACCAGCAACCGCCUGAUGCAGGAGGCGCUGUCCAAGGCCCUGGAGGAGCAGUGACACUUCCUAGAGCCGGAGUCCUUUUCCGUUCGUGGCUCCUGGGUUGCCUGUGUGCGGAUUGCCUGUCGCCCGACCGGGCAGAUAUGCAGGCAUGGCUUCGCUGGCUUGGGUGGCGAGUGUUGCAGCGGUGUGUUGUUUGCGUCAUGGAUUGCUGAGGGACAGGGCCGUACUCGACUGCAACAUGCACUUCAAGUGCAGGAAACCGACCGCUCAGAGGUAUCCAAGGUUAGGAUCAACCGUUCCCCUCGUUUGUACACCGCAGGUUGUGGAUUAAUCUUGCCGUCGUAUGAUGCAUGAUGCAGGUGGACAUGACGGGGUAAAGCCCAGCGUGCCGAAGUUUUUUUUAGGUUUUGAACUAGGCAGGAUGUGUUGCUUAAUGUUUCAUGUUCCAUAGCAUCCAUGGACCAACAGUUGUGCGCUUUGGGUUAAGGUGAGGCGGAUAGGGUAUACAUCACCGGUAUAACGGCUUUUGCACAGAGAGGCACCCCUAGAGACUAUAUCGGUAUGUGCAAUGCUCGUGUAGAUUUCAGUCGUGGCUGCUGUGGAAGGGGCCUGCGCGUGUUGCUGCUGGGGUUGCGUGCCUGAACAGGUGAAAAUGGCUUGGAGCGUGCGAAAGUACGGCGCUUUUAAACGAAUGGAUUAGUGGUAGUUUGCCUUUCGUAGUACCUUGGGCAGUACCUUGAUACAAAAGUGAGAGGAUGCAAGAAGCGAUGUUGUUGAAGCGGAAAGCUGCCAACACACGGACAUCAUAUGGCCGCAUGCGCUUUACGGCCCCUGGGGGGCUGUUGCGAGGGGCGGACUGUGCGACCUUCCGGCCAGGUGUGCCACUCGGCCGUGAGCGCUGAUGGGGUCGGGUAUUGUGCUAAGGGCUUCUGUUGAGUGGUAGACGGUUGGGAUCUUGACUGCCGCUGUACGCCGAGCCUCAUGCGGUGGCCGAACUACUGGAUAUAGUAGUAUGCAGUACAGAUGCAAGGACCAUAUGCAUGCAAGCGCCGUACAGAUGUAAC